GUGGAUGACAACCUCUUCCAAUGGGAAGCUGCAAUUAAGGGACCAAAAAAUAGCCCUUAUGUUGGAGGAACCUUCCAUGUCAUUUUCAAAACCAAGGUGUUACACCCAAAUAUUUCUGACAAAGGAGAUGUCUAUCUCUACAUGCUGGACAAUGGAUGGACUCCUGGUUUCACAAUUUCUGAUAUCCUAAUGACUCUUUGGGGAAUGCUCCUUACCCCAAGAUUAGAGCUUCCUGAUAAGGUGAACGAGAAUACUCUG